AUGCAGGUAAUGUCGGAAAAUAUCGUUCAUAGUGAAAACAGAAGCGACGGGGAGUUGUGGGACGCAGAGCCGAAAUUAGCAGCAGCAGGGUUAUCUCUGCCAGGGGGGAGUGAUUACAGUUUACGUGAGCUGGUCAGUUUCCCGAACGAGUCUACCAGGGCUUAUUCGUACAAUCCGCUGUCGCCAAACUCGCUAGCAGUUCGGCUGCGGAUUUUGAAACGGUCGUUGGAGAUCAUGAUUCACAACCCAAGCUUACUGAAGGAACAUGAGUCUGUGGACCACAAGAGGAUGCAGACGCCGAGCUGGAGCAGAGCAGAGGCUCCAUUGAGUGCUCUGGGCCAGAAAAGCCGCCCACAGCUGGGAAGAAGCAGCAGCCACGAGGGCAUCUUAUCACACCAGAGGACUUCGAAACUGCGAAACGCGUCUUCUGCAGCACUUUCUGCAUUGUUCAGAGGCCCAGAGACUGGUGCGAUACCGUCAGGUGACAUGCAGCGGACUUUUUCGUCGCCAAGACCUUCUUUAAUGCCCAGAGCGUCACAUCCGUCACCACGAACCAUAGCCGAGACUCCUAGCUCAGAGUCGAGCUCAGCGCGCAGCUCAAUAGCUGAAAGCAGUAGCGUUCUCGAUCCAAAUGCUUCGGUAUCGUCAUUCUAUCAAACUAAUGGUAACAACAGCACGGACGUUUUACAGACAAAGAGAGAUGAUCUCGAGAGCUUACUUCAUCUCUUGAAUGAGGCACUACAAAAUCAUCUCUUUUCCAAGGCCUCCAAUCUUCAUAGGAUGUCCCUUUUCAAUAUUAACAAAUUAUCCCUAGGUCUUAACGGCAAGGAUAAUGGAGAUCCCAUAUCUGCUGAAGGUAAACAAGAAAAAAUGUUGAAGAAAAAACUUUUAGACAGUCUGGCGCAACCUUUUUUCGAGUCUUUCACAACUGAUUCUGCCCCCGACGAGGAGGUCGUAGAUGGAAAAGAUUUCGGUCGCUUUUCUCCCGACAAUUUCUCUUUUGCUAACUUUCAAACGACCGCACCUGAAAACAACCGGAUUUUGCAUGUAUUUAUAUCUGGCAAGAAUUCGUCUCCACAAGCUAUCUUUAGUUGCAUCCACGAAUAUCCAUGGAAUUUUAAGAGCGCCAACGAUUUAGCUUGUCUCACUUUCGGGAUUUCUAGAAAUGCAUUGCGAGCACUUACUUUGUUGGAUCUGAUUCAUUCAGACAGUAGAAAUUUUGUGUUAAACAAGCUUACAUCAACCGAGAAUGAGGAGUUGGUUUUCGCGGGCGAAAUUGUUGGCAUUGUACAACCUGGAGCCCAGAGCUCACGACUAGUCUGGGCAUCACUCUGGGCGAAAAGGAAGAACGGCCUAUUAGUGUGCGUGUUUGAAAAGGUUCCAUGUGAUUACAUGGAUAUGCUGCUGGAUUUAAAUGACUUCACCGUUGAAAGCAUUACUGGCGGUGAGGGUUUAAGUUUCCGAGAUCAAGAGGAAUCUGGAGCUAAAGAAAAUCAGGCGGAAAUGAAAGAUUUUCUCGGAAAGGAAACCGCUCCAGCGAAAAACGAUAUACACAUUGUGAAAACUUUGAGUGGCUCUUUGACGAAGCUAAUAGAUGACGUUAGGAAUGGUGAUGUCUUUACCGAAGAUGAUGACCUUUUACCUAUGUGCAUUCGCGUGUCUCAACACAUAAACAGGGUGAGGUAUUUCACGCUGAAUCAUUUGUCUUACAACAUACCUUGUGCUGUGUCAUGCACCAUUCUCGAGAACGGCAUGAAGCUAAAGAUCCAUAGUCUGCCAUAUCAAGCAGGAAUUUUCAUUCUCAAUUCGUCAAAUUUCAAAUUGAUUAGCUUCAACAAAUCAAUCUCUAAGAACAUGUUUGGACUUCACGCAAGUGAACUCAUAAACAAAGACAUUACCGAAAUUAUCCCUCCGUUUUGCGAUAUAAUUGAUCAUAUCAGAACCGAGCACCCGAACCUGGACAUCAAUUCUCCAAAAAAUAAAGGACUGGUUCUGACAGAGCAUUUUUUCCGAAAGAUGCAUUCGGAGCUGGAUCCGGUAGGCAAUUUUUAUGAUUCGAUUGGCAUUGAUGCUAUUCACAGAGACGAGAGUGUCAUAAAAGUUGACAUUCAAUUGCGAGUUAUGGAUUCUUCAACGGUUAUUCUUUGGAUUACGCAUUCAAGGGACGUUUUAUUCCAAAAUUAUACAACUAAUCCUUCUCAAUUACAGAUUUUGAAGGAAAAUGAAAUCGCAUCGGUCACAAGUAAUAGCAGUUCCGCAUCUUCUUCUAAGACGCAAAGCAAAAGGUAUAAUGCACACGAAUUGAAGUCGCUUGGUACAAAGCCAGAAAAACCUAGCCCAGAGAAUAAUACUGAGAAAGUUGGGAUAAAAAAAGAAGGCGGCGAACCAUCUAUCAAGCACGAGAGCUCUUUUGAGGAUGGAUCUCAGGAUAUCAGCAUGGACAAGCUGGACGAGGAGCUAGCUACGAGAUUGCAAAUUGCUAAAACCUUUAGUCAAGACAAAGCUCAAUUUGUCAAGGAUGACAAUUUCAAACUUGAUGAAAAUCUUAUCCGAUCUUUGACUUCAUAUUCUCCCAAUCCUACCCCGGACACGUCUUCAAGCUCCAUGGACAAAGUUGAGACAGCUCUUGGAUCCACGAUACCAGCUGAGAAAUUCCCAACUUUGCCUGUAUGUAAGAUCGGAGCACUGAAGCAUGUCAAGAGAUUUUCGGACUUUGUUGUUUUACAGAAAAUGGGCGAAGGUGCUUAUGGUAAGGUCGAUUUGUGCAUGAAUAAAGCCGACAAGUACGUUGUUGUGAUCAAACUGAUUUUCAAAGAACGCAUUUUGGUCGAUACAUGGGUAAGAGAUCGAAGCCUAGGGACUAUUCCCUCCGAAAUUCAGAUCAUGGCUGCGCUGAACAAAAAACCUCAUGAAAACAUUCUGACCUUGCUCGAUUUUUUUGAAGAUGAUGAAUAUUACUACAUCGAAACUCCCAUUCAUGGAACCACGGGCUCUAUUGAUCUGUUCGAUUUGAUAGAACUCAAGACUAACAUGACAGAGCAUGAAUCUAAAUUGAUAUUCAAGCAAAUCGUUUCAGGUAUGCAACAUCUUCAUGACAAUGGCAUAGUUCAUCGGGACAUAAAAGAUGAAAACAUCAUCGUUGAUAACAAAGGCUGCGUAAAGAUUAUUGAUUUUGGUUCUGCCGCAUAUGUCAAAAGCGGUCCUUUUGAUGUUUUCGUCGGCACCAUUGACUAUGCAGCCCCGGAAGUUCUUGGUGGUGAACCCUACGAUGGCAAGCCUCAAGACGUGUGGGCUAUGGGUGUCUUGCUUUACACGAUUGUCUUCAAGGAAAAUCCAUUCUACAACAUUGACGAAAUCCUAGACGGAGAUUUGCGCAUAAAUGCAAACCUUGCUAUAAGUGAUGGAUGCAUCGCCCUCGUGACCAAAAUUUUGGAUAGGUCUGUCCCACAAAGGCCUUCCGUCCACGACAUUAACAACGAUAAGUGGUUGGAGUUGUAA